CUAAUCCAACCAUUGAACAGUUAAUUUAUUACUCAGCUAUAAAAUUAUACGAUCUUUUUUAGUUUUAAUUACAAUUAGUAGUUAUUGAUAAAAUAUCUGUUACACAUAAUUAUUGACAAAUCAGUAUGUCAGUAGUCGUACUAGACUUCGAUUGGUAAUCAAUAAAUAACAUAAGAAGUUUGAUGGAUGUCAGUUCUGUUACAUUAUACUUUACUAUUCGUCUUUAAUCAUUUUAAAUAUGAACGUUAUUGGUAGUGCGGUUUUUAUUUUAUGGUUUAUGUGUGGUAACAAGCUAGAAGCUAGUAAAAAUAAUCUAACAGGCGUAUUCGUGUUUCCUAAAGAUGUAAAAACCAAAUCUAUAGUCAGAAUAAUGGGGGGAGAAAACGUUUCACCUCCUCACUCGUAUCCAUAUCAAGCAGCUCUACUAGCAAUCACUUCAAGAAAAGAAACUUUUUGCGGUGGCACACUCAUUGACAGAAAUUGGAUUUUAACAGCUGCCCACUGCGUAAACGACAAUUUUUUGUAUGCACAUAUUUUAUUGGGAAGUCACGAUAUAACCAAUACCCAAGAAAAGGGUCGCCAAGUUUAUUAUAGCGACAAAGUUUAUGUGCACGACGAUUUAGAUCUUGUCACUUUUCAAAACGACAUUGCUUUGGUUAAACUUUCGCAAAGCGCUAGAUUGAAUAAUUAUGUAAAUAUGGUUAAAAUCAGUUCGGAUUCAGAUACUUAUGUUGGAAAAACCGCAACUAUCCUUGGAUGGGGAGCAACAGAAUUUACAAGCAUUUCUAAUAUUUUAAAAAAAGUAGAAGUAACUGUAUUAUCGAACGAUGACUGUAAAUUCACGAAUAACUUAUAUAAUUCACUAGAAGCUAGUAAAAAUAAUCUAACAGGCGUAUUCGUGUUUCCUAAAGAUGUAAAAACAAAAUCUGUAUCCAGAAUAAUGGGCGGAGAAAAUGUUUCACCUCCUCAUUCGUAUCCAUAUCAAGCAGCUAUAUAUACAACUACUUCAAAACAGCAAUCUUUUUGCGGAGGCACCCUCAUUGAGAAAAAUUGGAUUUUAACAGCUGCCCACUGCGUAAACGACAAUUUUUUGUAUGCAACUAUUUUUUUGGGAAGUCACGAUAUAUCCAAUACCCAAGAAGAAGGACGCCAAGUUUAUUAUAGCGACAAAGUUUAUGUGAACGACGGUUUUGAUCCGGCCACUUUACAAAACGAUAUCGCUUUGAUUAAACUUUCGCAGAGCGCUACAUUGGAUAAUUAUGUGAAUUUGGUUAAUAUCAGUUCGGAUUCAGAUACUUAUGAUGGAAUAUCCGCAAUUAUCCUUGGAUGGGGGACAACAGAAACCACAAGCGUUUCUAAUAUUUUAAAAAAAGUAGAAGUAAUUGUUUUAUCGAACGAUGAAUGUAAAUCCACCAAUGAUGCAUACAAUCUAGUAAUUCAAAAUACUCAUUUGUGCACCUCUGGGAUGGGUAUUAAAGGAAGUUGCACUGGAGACAGUGGAGGACCGCUUAUAAUUGAUGAUAUUCAAAUCGGAGUAGUUUCCUUUGGACCUAUUGAUUGCGCUACAGGAUAUCCAUCUGUAUUCACUAGAGUAUCUGAAUUCAAUGAUUGGAUUACUUAUACAAUAUUAAACAAGAGUAACAAAGUGUUUAUCAACAUUAUUCCAUUUUAUAUUUCAACGUUAUUUUCGAUAAGUGUAAAUUUUUUAAAAUACAUGUGGUAAUUAAGCUAUUUUUAUUAGUAUACUGAAAUUAUUGGUCACGGGAAACCCAAGGCUGAAACGAGGCCCUGGUCAAAUUUUUUUUCUAAAAUACCCUUAAAAUUAAAUUUAAUUUUCGAAUUACAAUGAUACUGAAUAGACAACAUCGAUUAAUAAGACUUAAUUUCAAAUAUCCUCUCAAUCUUAAUGAACGCUUUAGCACUUAAAAACACUUUACACGAUAAAAAAAAUAAAAUGACAUGCUCAAAGCUCGUUGAUUUCUCCUUCGAAGCUUCCUCAGACGUCCCCAUACGCUACUGACGUUCAGUGCAAGCAGACCUGUACAGGUGACAAUUUUCGUUCAUUCAAAUGUCUGCAAAAGUGUUCAGAUAUUUUAGUGUUUUGUCGCUAACGAAAAUGCCUUUGACAAACGAACACUAAAAAUUAGAAAAUAUAGAAAUAUACAUGGAAAUUGUUGUAUAUCUUUGAGCAUGUUUAUUAAGUUAUAACUAAUAUUAAUUAAUUAGAUUGUUUCAAUUUCAAUUUAGAAAGUUAUUAGUAUAGUUUAGGAAACAUUACAAACUACAAACGUCACUUAUAAACCUAUAUUUAUAGCAUAAAUAAAUGUACGAAAUAUAUUUUAAAUUUGAACCUACCAACUUUUUAUCCAAAAAUGGAUUUAAAUAUUAUAUAACCCAAAAAGCUUAUUCCAAUAUAUUUCAAUACUCUUAAUGGCAUUUCAAUAGGUUCAUUCUCAAUCGAAGGCAGUGGAAUUGGCUUCUCUCCUUUGGAAUUCAAAUAACGUAUCACAUUGUGCACAUCAUUUCUGCUGUUCAAAAUUUCAUUGUAAUUUUGAAUUUCCCACUGUUUAAUUUCCUUUAAAUACAUUUCAACAUCUUUUGAAAUGCUAAUUCCUUGAUGAAAUUUUAAAGAUGAAAUUUCUUUAUUUAUAUAAGUCUUAAGGUCUUGUCUCCAGAAAAAUGUGUAAAGAAAAGCUAAAAAUUUAUCAAACAAUAAUACACAAUGGAAUAUUAAAAUACAUCUCAACAUUUAGUACAUGUGAAGUAAAUUACUUUUUUUAUUUCACAAAUAAAUUGUAACCUUACUACUCCGGCUGGAGACUCUUCCUUAGAAAGUGAUAUUCGACCUCAAUUAAAGUAUAUAAAUAACUGAUACUCAGAUUGGGUGAACAAUUAAUAUUAAAUACUGAAUGAAUCCAAUAAAUCUCAAUGAUUGAAUUAACUAAACUUCAUUGAAUGAACAACAUUCAUUAUUGAAGGUGUUUACAACAAUCCUAUUUAUAUGAAAAUGAACGCUGACAAAUGUUUAUGAAAUAUAAUCUUUUUGCGUUCUAAUUUUUGAAUAAAAAAAAGUGGAAAAGAUGGAAACACCUUAUGAAUUAAAUCAUUAAAAAGAAACAAACUAUCUCCAGACACGAUUCUUGUGAGUUAAUUUGAUUAGAGUGGCAAACAUUUUAUGUGACAUUAAUAAUGUGAUUUUAUUGAAACAUAUAUCGAAUAAAGAAAAUAUAUUUGUU